AUGGCAUUCAAGUUUGUCGUCCUUGCCUGCAUCGUCGCCACCGCGAGCGCUGGGCUACUCCCAGCUGCUCCAGUAGCUUACGCAGCUGCUCCAGCCUACCAUGCGGCCCCAGUAUACCACUCCGCCCCAGUAUACCACGCUGCACCAGUAGCCAAAUACGCAGUUGCCCCAGUAGCUAAAGUCGAGGAAUACGAUCCUCACCCACAGUACAGCUACGCCUACGACGUCCAGGAUGGUUUAACUGGUGACUCCAAAACUCAGCACGAAUCUCGCGAUGGUGAUGUCGUACACGGUUCUUACUCCGUUGUUGACCCUGACGGCCACAAGCGUACCGUAGAGUACACCGCUGACCCCCACAAUGGCUUCAACGCUGUUGUCCACAGAGAACCUAUCGGCGUGAAGGCCGUUGCUCCCGUGGUCGCCAAGGUCGCCCCAGUAGUCCACGCUGCUCCCGUGGCUUAUUCUGCACCAGUUGUCCACGCCGCCCCAGUGGCCUACGCAUCACCCGCCUACUACCACCAUUAA